CAACGCGCAUCAUAUGGUUAAGCUCGGUAACUUUACGACUAUAGGCACAGAAAGUAGCUCAAAGACACGCUUUUCAUCGAGCUGGUUGUGGAAAAAAACAAGAGGAGAAAACGACUAAUACAGAGAAGGAAGGAAAAGUUUAUCGAAGUACCUUUAAUUUUGGAUUGUAUUUCUUCGUUCCAUUUUUUUAUUGAUUUUUUCCGGGAGGGUUGAUUUGCGCAAGUGACUGUGUGUGCCAGCAGUGUGGAGGUGCCGUGACUGAAUGUUUCCGUGUAUUGGUUGAAAAAGUUAACACCAGGUGAAUGUAUAGUAUGAUGAUGGAGACUGACCUACACUCCCCAGUGCCCCAAACAAACACGAAUUCGGGGCACACGGGAGGAUCAAGCAAUGGGAACAAAGUCAACCAAGACCGCGUAAAGAGACCGAUGAAUGCCUUCAUGGUUUGGUCCCGGGGCCAACGGCGGAAGAUGGCUCAGGAGAACCCCAAAAUGCACAACUCCGAGAUCAGCAAGCGGCUCGGCGCCGAGUGGAAGGUGAUGUCCGAGGCGGAGAAGAGACCCUUCAUCGACGAGGCGAAGCGGCUACGAGCUAUGCACAUGAAGGAGCAUCCGGAUUAUAAAUACAGACCGAGACGGAAGACCAAGACACUGUUAAAAAAGGACAAAUACUCUUUGGCCGGUGGGCUGCUUACCGGGACAGGGGGUGGGGGUGUCGGUCUAGGGAUGAGCCCUGGGGUCGGACAGAGGUUAGACAGUCCCGGGGGUCACGGUGGUGCAUCUGCCGCCAACUACGCGCACAUGAAUGGCUGGGCGAACGGUGCGUACUCGGGGCAGGUGGCUGCAGCUGCGGCGGCCGCGGCCAUGAUGCAGGAGGCUCAGCUCGCCUACAGCCAGCACCCGGGCAGCGGGCACCACCACCACUCACACCACCACCACCCGCACAACCCCCAGCCCAUGCACCGCUACGACAUGUCGGCCCUCCAGUACAGCCCCAUCUCGAACUCUCAAAGCUACAUGAGCGCCUCUCCGUCCGGCUACGGCGGGAUCACCUACACGCAGCACCAGAGCUCUGGUGUCGCCUCGUCCGGGUCGAUGGGCACGCUGGGCUCUCUGGUGAAAUCAGAACCGAGUGUGAGCCCUCCAGUCUCUACUCACUCGCGCGCCCCGUGUCCCGGGGACUUGAGGGACAUGAUAAGCAUGUAUUUACCGACGGGGGAAGCUGCAGGUGACCCGUCCGUUCAAAGUAGACUUCACGCGCUACCGCAGCACUACCAGAGCUCCACGACAGGGUACCUAAAGAAAAGGACGACGUUGUGGUAGUCGCGAGGAAGGGAACAAGACAGGCUCGAGUCACAACACCUGUUGACUUGUCUAAUGUCUCGUGGGAGGAACUUCGUCUCGGUCGACUUAAUGUUUUGAUUUUAUUUUUUUGAACGGGCUUGUUUUGAUUAUCUGUCCGGUGACAUCUUUUUUGACCAACAGGAAGACGCUCACGCCAUCGGUCAACACUAGUUCGGCCUACUGAUGACAGAAUCACCCCUUUUAAAAUAAGUUAUUUGACUGUCUGUUUAUGCUCUUCUAAGAUCCCAUAUAAUUUGCCUAAUAAUGUCAACUUAAUUGUGGACCAAUUGUGAUGAUUUGACAUGUGCGUUCUGGUUAUUUCUUGAUCAUUGCAAUAUAACUAUGAACCAUUUUUUUUUCACAUUCCCUGUUUCAUGUUUGUCAUUAUACUCAUACGUUAA